CGACGACAACUCGACGACUUCGAAACCCUGUCUCCCRUCGCCCCAUUUGCUAUCUUUUUCCAUAAAAUUUAGUUUCUCCGGAACAAUUUGACGCCAUGAACCACUGGUCUUCCAUUCUUUCUGCUCUCUGGCUGUUUCAGCUCGUCGCCCGGGUCGAAGUCGCCGGGGGAUUUUCUCCCUUGCACCGCGGCUCUCCGAGAAUCGCCGGCAGCAAAUCCGCACGCGCACAAUCCACAGGCAGAAGUGGUGGGUUGUUCGCCAGCGACAAUACCGAUCCYCACGCAGUCGAGGAUUUCGAGGACUGGAGCGAGGAACGCAAAUCCAGCCUCUUUCAGUUUUUGCUCCGCGAUCUAGAGGUGGAAGGCGUUCCGCUCUURGGAUGCGACGGCGUCGCGGCGAACAUGACUCUCCAGGGUGCGACGUGGACGGUUGCGGGGCAGCUCAGCGAAAACGAAUACGAACGCAAGGUGUGUUUGGUCCUGGAAGACAUCCCGGUCAAGGACAUCAAGAUGUUUGUGKCUGGCUUUUCCGAACUCAAAACGCAGCAACCCRUGAUGGACGUCCUGCACGAUCUCCGGCGGUUUUCUUUGAGCCUAGUCGGGAACGGAAUCGGUCCUGCGUUGAUCCUCGAGACAGCAAACAAGACGGCGAGCGAGAUAGCCCAGUACAGCACAAUGGUCGAAAACACGGCGGCACCCAACGAAGAACAGUGGAGAGCAGCUACCGAAUCGUUUGUGAAGCGAUCGUUUCCCGAACUCKAGGAAGCUCCCAUUGCCUACAGAUUCUUGGGUUCGUCCGACGUUUGCGACAUCCUUUCGGGGUAUUGGAACUGCAUUUGUGAGCUCGAAUCCUCGGAUCCGACGCAGUGCAAUUCGAUCGUCCUGUCGUUCCCACCCAGUUCCGAAACGGAAACGCACGAUCGGUUUGUGGCAAUUUCUACUCUGCUCAACGCAAUKAAUCUCCUCUACAAGAACGACUACCGAUACGAGUUGAMGCACUUGCAUCCUUCCUACGACCGCGACGACAUCRAGCCRAAGGACGAGCCGGUCCCCGGACACCUGGCACCGAGCAGCCUUCUCCGCGACGCGAUUCGUGAAAACGGUGGCGAGGAACUCUCGGACGAGCAGCUGGCGCUUCGAAACUACCAGCGGAGGUCCCCYCUCCMGGGCGUCGUCAUCCGGCGCGUCYCGGAAGAAAGCCAWGGCGCCGACACGCAGAUGCAACCGGACUGCGACAGUGCGGUUCGACUCGCUAACGAGGGAGAAGGCAAACUCCGAGAAGCCCUGUCGAGAGAGAUAAGCCUAAUAAGCGAAUCGGCGUAGCUAGAAUAAAGACCGCAACUAAAG